CUCCACCGCGCCACCUUGGCUGCCGCAACAGGGAGUCAGAGUUCAAACUUCAAAGAUUAUUAAAGGGGAAAGUGAAGACUUUGUUUCAACUGAGGGAAAAGAACAUAGAUUACCUUAUUUUUAAGAACAAUGUACAUAAGUCAACAGCAGAUAAACAAUUGCACAGACACUGAAAUAUCACAAUCAUGAAGAGAAAUCUCUCCUUAUUCAUAUCUGAUCAUCUUUAGCAAGAAAAGACUUUUAUGAAAUUUGCAGAUGCUUAACCAAUGAGAGAGACCCUGGUGGUAACAAUGUCAUCAGUAUUAAUCCAAACACAAACCCAGCACACGAGAACUCCUGCAUCUCACAAUCAUAGCUACCAGCAAAAGCACAGCAUCAACUUUAAGGAUUUCCCUUUCAACGGGAGGUUCUGCAUCCUCUCCCUGACGCUCUUACGCCAUCUUCUUCUUCUUUCUUUCAUACUGUCUGUUAUCUUCUUAUUGAGAUUUGCCUGUGUUAUUGUGGGAAUGAGAUGGGCAUUUUAUAGAGUAGCAGUUGCUUCUCAGGUGUUCUUGUUCUUAUGGUAUCAGUCACCAUCUUUGAACAAGUCAUGUAGGGAAGAGUUUGAGGCAUAAAUUUCAGUGGUAACAAUUUGACCAAGUUAUCUCAAAUCUCAACAUGUGUUUGUUAAUAUUAUGGAUGAGCACACGGCUUUUUCAUCGACUGGUCUAAUCUCGUCGGAUCAUGAUCUUACAUCAUGCAAACAAAAUCAGUUCCACGAAGCUUUUGCAGUAAUAUGGUUCAAAAUGUCAAAGACAAAAUCACUGACUUGUUAAUAAUAAAAGAUUGUAUUGUACAUGUUGUUUCUAAAGCUAUACAUAUGCAGACCUCACAAAAUGUAAAUCCCUAAUGAUGUGGGGAUAGAAGAAAAAAAGUUUAAAAAAGAAAGGUAAAAGGAAAGUAUCACACUGUUGGCUCACAAUAGAUAGCAGGAGCAGGUUCACCACCAUUCUUCUGCUAGGCCAUUAUAUAGCUUUUCUGGCUUCUCCAACCACAGAUUGUUGUGGGUGGAGGCUGAUGCUGCUCCAGAACAGUAUCCAAGGUUCUCUUAUAAAUCCUGAACCAGUAGUCUACAUAAACCUGCGGCAUCAUA